ACCUGUGACCGCGGAAAUUCAUCACUUCGAGACUUUCGCCCCUCAUUUGCCGGUGGUUGUUGCUGUUCCUGUCUCGUUAGUUUUUUUUUAUUUUAUUUCGAAGCUUUAGGAAGUUCUGCACGAUCAUGCCUUAUGAUAAUCGCUGCAUGGAGACGCUAGACGCUCUCCGUAACUCCAGUAAAGGGAAGCUGACUUACAAUCCGGAGGGUCCUUGGUUUAUCGAGGACAUUCAUGAUAACUCUGACUUCAUCCUUGGCCUUUCUCCUCAACCUGACUGGGUUUACGAGCGCCUUAAUCAUGAAAAAGACGCCUCAUUCCGUGUGAUCCAUGGUCUCUCGGGCAGUCCUUGUGUUUCUCCUUCACCUUCCCCAUCACCAGGUCAGGAGGUUAAGAAAGAAGAACAGCAGCUGGAGGAGGAAGAGGAGGAGGAGGAGGAGUCGAAGAUGGAAGUGCAGACAGCAGAUGAGGAGAAGCCACAGGAUGACCCCAGCGCACAAACUACCCUGUUGUCUCCACAUGAUACACAAGUUCAGGGCUGUAUCUGCCUUUUUGAAGAGAUUCACAGGGGAAAAGCAAAGGAGCAGCUGAUGCAGCGGCAGGAGACUCAGGCGCUGGUAAUGGAGGACAUUGCCAACCAAGAACUGGAACAAAUGAAACGCUUUGAUGAACUGAAGGCACUGAAGCAGCGUCAGGAGCUGCAGAGGCUUCGAGAUCUGGAAGAGCAGAGCUCCCAGGAAGCUUUGGGGCGUCAAGAGAAGAUCCGAGAAAAGAUGAGAGAAGAAUAUCGUACUAGAGCAAAGAUGCGGGAAGCUCGGGAAGCAGAGGUCCAGCGACAGAGGGAAGCAGAACUCCUGCGUCAACGGCAAAUGGAGGGGCGAGAGCGCCUGCGAAGGUUGAACUCAAUCCAGGAGGAGGUGUUGCAGUUACAGCUGCUUAUCGACCCUGCAGUUUCUCAAACUGGCAGUGACCUGCCGGAGUACAGGAUUCGUGGCAACCAGUUAUGUGGCUUAAUUUCUGAGGUCAUACAGGCAAGCUCACAGACACAGUUUCCAACCCCUGAAGACGUGUCUAACAGUGAAAGGGCUCUACAGGACAUGAGGGGAAUGAUUUCCUCCAUGCAGCAAGAAGUUAGUCAAGCUUUACAGUUGAAGAAGAGGAAAGAAGAGGAGGAACUAGCAAGACAACAGCAGACUGUGCAGCAGAAAGCAAAGGAGCCUGUGCAGCCGACUCCAGCUCCCAGCUCUGGACAGAAAGUGAAAGUGAAAAAAGAAGGGCUGCAGACGAAAGCCGAGCCCACCACUCUAGAGAGGUACCGGCAGCUGCAAGACCUGUGCACUCAGUGUGCCCAGUCGUUUGAGGAUCUGAACAGCAGCAGAGACUCUCAGACUAAGAAACUGAAAAUGGAAUUGCAGAAAGCAGCAUCUAUACCAGUCAGUCAGAUCUCUUCCAUCUCAGGUUCAAAGCUAAGAGAGGUCUUCGACAAGAUCAGCAUGCUGCUGUCAGGGCGACUGGUACAGUCUGGUGGAAAGUCCAUUUCUGUCACUCAGCACCCACAAGGACUGGACUUUGUGUGUUUCAAGCUGGCAGAGAAAUUUGUGAAACAAGGCGAAGAAGAGGUGGCAUCGCAUCAUGAGGCAGCUUUCCCCAUUGCCAUCGUGGCCUCUGGAAUUUCUGAGCUGUAUCCCAAAGUGGGCGACCUCAUACUUGCACAUUUGCACAAGAAGUGCCCAUAUGCAGUUCCCUUUUAUCCCCCAAUGAAGGAUGGCAUGUCUUUCGAGGAUUACCAGAGGGUUUUGGGUUACCGCGUGGAAGGCUCUACGGCGGAAUCUCAGGACAGCUUCAUGAAGAGGAUGUCUGGAAUGAUCCGGCUGUAUGCUGCUAUGAUACAACUGCGAUGGCCCUACGGCAACAAGCAAGCGCCAUGCUCUUUUGGACUGAACUUGGGCUGGUGUUGGCUCGCACAAAUCCUGGACAUGGAGCCCCUGGCGGAUGUUACUGCCACGCUGCUGUUUGAUUUCUUGGAGGUCUGUGGCAAUGCUCUCGUGAAUCAGUAUCAAGGGCAAUUCUGGAAGUUAAUCCUACUUAUUAAAGAAGAGUAUUUUAAAAGGAUUGAAGCUGUAACUAGCACGGGACAGAUGGGCUCCUUAAUGAGACUCAAACAGUUUCUGGAGAAAUGCAUCGGUCGCCGGGAGAUUCCUGUGCCAAAAGGACUGAUGAGUUCAUCAUUCUGGAGGUCCUGAGAGGGACGCUGGAGAUUGUUGUUGUCGGGAUGUCUGUUUUCAUAACUUUUUUGGAAAAAUACACCAGUAAUUCAAGAUGGUCACAUGAAUUGCUGCCAAAGUCUGACAUCUUAUUUGGAGUUGAAAAUGGCCUGAGAACUUGCUGCAGCUGUGCAGCUUAUGUGAUGAAGAGGAGGUUCAUUUUAUCAGGAUUAUUUAAUUGUCCAGCCUCAUCAGCUCUGGAUUCACGUAAGCAGGGAUUUUUAAUUAACGGGUUGUGUCUAAUCAAGAAUUAAUAAGACUGAGUUUACUGUCCCUCCAUUUUAUUCAUUUUGCUUUUAAGAUGUUGCAUGAACAAUAAAUUUACGGACCCCUAUUUUAUUUAUUUAUUUUUUUUUGAGACGUGUCCUGAACAAAGCAUUUAGCAUGACAGGCCACGCAGCCUUUAAUGUGAGACUGUGUGUUCUUAAAAUUGAGGGCAGUAUGAUUUGUUUGUUUCAAACGUUUAAUUUUUUGCCGGAUGGAGGAGGAUGCUGAGCUGCAAGACGCAGUUAGAUGAGCGUGGCCGGACAGCUUUCUUUUUAUUUUCUUGAACUCUCUCCAAGUUCUUUAAUGGCUUCUUAUUCAGCAGAUUUAGUGCACUGCCACUACAAGGAACUGCAGCUUUUAUCCUCGACGCAGUAACCAUUAGGAGGCACAGAGAAGAUAAGGAGACGUCACCCCAGUGCCACAAGUGCUGGCAGGGUGACCGGAAGCAUGCAACAUGGAAUGCUUUUUAAAUGAAUUUCCAAAGUCUUUAGUGUUGUGAGAAGGAGCUUUUUCAAAGCUUGGCUCUCAAAAGUCACAGCAGGACUUUGGCAUAUCCAGCAUUGGCAUAGUCGGCGGAAGGUGAAUUCAGUGGCUCUGCACAAAUACGACACUCCAUCUCAAUGGAAGAGGAAUUACUGCUCAGGAAUUAAGGAGACACUCACUUUUGUCCCUUUUAUUUGUCUUUUUUUUUUUUUUUUUUUUUAAUGCUGAUGCUUGUGUUUCUCCAGAUCUGUCAUAAUACAUCAAUUACUACAUGCAUACAAUCGUACAGUCACUGAACAGUUUAACGUGUAAAUAUUUGUAAGUAUGCAAGAUAAAAUCCUAUAAUAUGUACUUUGCUUACAAGGGAAACAUUCAAGAGCGUGCUCUUAGUAGUAGAGUGCAUGUGGCUCACUAUGGAAGGAAUUACGUGAAAUUCUUCAUCAUGAUUAUCUGUUACUCCAUUAUUAUACUUUUAAUAAAAAGGGCUGGAGGGAAAUGAGGGGAAAAAAAUUCAGACAAUCAUCGCCUCGUUUAGCACAUCUUCAAACGUAACGUAACCUAAUUCAGGUUUACAAGAGCCGGAGCCUAUCCUGGCAGAAGCCGCUCACACCGACCCACUUUAAAGAAUCGCUAAUUAACCCGAUGCCUGUAUUUGGGAAUAGAGGAGGAAAAUGCAUGCGGACUCGUGCAGAACAUUUAAAUGGUGAAUGGUGUAGGAUCCUGGAGGUGUGAGGUGGCAGCAGCAGCACUGUUUUGUCAUGUUGGGGCCCAAGGGUCACUCUAGUCUGCCCUUUACAGUAUAUUCUUUAUUAUGUAGUCUUAAAAAAGUCUCUAAAUCCUUGCUACUGCACUAAUAUGUUACAGUACCUUUUAUAUCUAUGAACUCGGGCAACAAGACAAGAGUACCAGAACAGGUAGGAGAAAAAAAAAUUGUAAGGCAUUUAUUUAUAUAGUAAAUUCUCUCUAUAUAUAAUUCUAUAGCUAUUCUAUACAUCUAAGACAGGUUGAAAUCAAAGUUAACAACAUAGACCUCAACAUAUUCAGUGUUCAUGUUUGCAGUGCACCAUCUGUUGAAAU